CAACAGAGAUUGCUGGGAAAAUUGUGAUUUUGGCAAAUGCAUUAGGUUACAAUUGUUAUAAACCAAUAUGAUUUGGAAUUUUCAAAAGAAUGUGUCUAUAGUUACCAACAAAUAAUUGAUGUAACAAAAUGUUACAUUGUAAUGUGUCUAUAGUUACCUACAAAUAAUUGAUGUAACAAAAUGUUGCAUCGUAUAUUACCUGAGAUGAUAAGAGCCCAAUGAAGGGCUGGACAAAAUCUGUUGGGCAGAGUAAUGCACACAAUAGCACAGUGAACUAUUAUGGAAUCUGGACAAGAUUUAGGAAAAGGGUGAUUACUUGAUUCAUGACUCAAAAUUCAGAAUUUCAAAUUUAUUAACAUGGCCAUGUUAUCCUCUUUAUUCCAUGGAAUAGCCAUUGGAGAAGUUGAACCCAGCUCUAUAUAGAACAACUUUAAUUGUUCACUUUCUGUUGGAGUUCUCUGUGGUUUAGACUGCUUUACUAUGCAUGAGUACAAAGCACCAUUAAUUUGUUUUAUAUUUUAGUUUGUAGACAGCUGGACUGUAUAAAAUAUAAUCACCCACUUCCUUUGAAAUUUCUGAAUUAGUUGCAACCAUGGCUACUCUUGGAUGCUAUAGCAUGCACAGAAACAGUUACUAGGACCUAAUUCUAGUAUAACAAUGUGCCAACAAAGACCUAAUGUUUAUGUUUAUGUUCUACCAAUAGAUACACUGGAAAUUUUUGAAGCUUAGAAUAGUUCUGAUACUCCCAAACAAUCCUGGAUGGGCAUUAAUCCUGGAGGGCAACUUUUGCAUCUCCCUGUCCAUUCUACCAGUCAAUAGCGGACAUUAAGACAAUCCUGGAAUUAUAAUGGAACUAAUUUGUGCAUUAUAAUGAACUUCUGAAUAUUCUCCUGUAAUUGUCCUUGCAUGCACCAAUUGAUCAAGCUUACAGGUCAUCUGCCAAAAUGACAAACUUGGGGCGGAUAAUGGAUACUUAUGGGCCAAAACUUCUAGGACACUCAUAUUGUGAUCCCAUUACAAGUUAUGACAAGUUUCAUCAGUUCUCAGUCCUUCAUCCAGAGAUUUAUUGGUCCAUUGUUUUAAGAGAACUUUCACUCACAUUUCAUAGAGGUCCAGAGCGUAUUCUCAAUACUGGAGACAGCUCAAGGCACAGGGGCAUUUGGUUGCAAGGUUCUCUCCUGAAUAUUUCUGAGUGCUGUCUCUUGCCCAUGGAAAAUCUGAACAAGCAUGAUGAUAAUGUAGCUGUUGUAUGGAGAGACGAGGGUCGUGAUGACUUCCCCAUUAAUCAUAUGACUUUGAGAGAACUGCGAGGUCAAGCAAUGAGUGUGGCAAAUUCACUCGAUGCCAUAUUCUCCAAGGGUGAUGCAAUUGCCAUAGACAUGCCAAUGACAGUAAAUGCAGUUGUCAUAUACCUUGCAAUUGUUCUAGCGGGAUUUGUUGUUGUGUCCAUUGCAGACAGUUUUGCAGCAAAGGAAAUUGCAACACGCCUGCAUGUGUCUAAAGCAAAGGGCAUCUUCACACAG